CCCCGCUCCCGUCUCUAUAACGCCGGGGUCUCUUUACCCCAGCGCAUCCUAUCGCUUCGGUUGCGGCAGCAGUCGCUGAGCGGCUCCCUCCCCUCCAGCUCGGGGACGCUCAAGGAUUAGGGAAGAGAGGGAAAUCCAUCAGGAGAAGCAGGAGGCGGGCCGUCAGCAUCCUCCCGCUCCGCCUGAGCCGGCAGCGCCACAGGGCGAGCUCCGGUGCGAGCGCAGGAAGGGGCCGAGCUGCCGGAGGUCUCCGGGGCGCCGGCGGCUGCCAGCGAUUCCCGGCAGCCCGGAUCCGCCGCUCGGGGCUGGCGGGGCUUGACGGCAGGAGAAGCCGCUGGUGCUGUUACCCUCACUCGCCGCGCCAGGUCUCCCGGAAUGGGCCUGCAGGAGCUGGCGGUGUGGCUGCUGGCGGCGGCGGGGCUUGUGCGCGAGUCCCUGCAAGGAGAGUUCCAAAGGAAACUUUACAAAGAUCUACUGAAAAAUUACAACCCUCUGGAGCGACCAGUUGCAAAUGAUUCUCAGCCGCUCACUGUCUAUUUCACCCUCAGCCUCAUGCAGAUCAUGGAUGUGGAUGAAAAAAACCAAGUAUUAACAACAAACAUCUGGCUACAAAUGUACUGGACAGAUCAUUAUCUACAGUGGAAUGUGUCUGAAUACCCAGGAGUGAAGAAUGUCCGUUUUCCUGAUGGACUGAUCUGGAAGCCAGAUAUUCUUCUCUAUAACAGUGCUGAUGAAAGAUUUGAUGCUACAUUUCACACUAAUGUUCUAGUCAAUUCUUCAGGACAUUGCCAAUAUCUGCCACCAGGCAUAUUUAAAAGCUCCUGCUACAUUGAUGUGCGCUGGUUUCCUUUUGAUGUUCAGAAGUGUAACCUGAAGUUUGGAUCCUGGACUUAUGGAGGCUGGUCCUUGGACUUACAGAUGCAAGAAGCAGAUAUAUCUGGCUAUAUUUCAAAUGGAGAGUGGGAUCUAGUAGGAGUUCCUGGGAAGAGAACUGAGAGCUUUUAUGAAUGUUGCAAAGAACCCUACCCAGAUGUAACAUUCACAGUAACUAUGAGACGUAGGACUCUUUAUUAUGGACUCAAUCUUCUUAUUCCUUGUGUACUGAUAUCGUCACUUGCUUUGUUAGUUUUUCUGCUUCCAGCAGACUCGGGAGAAAAGAUCUCACUAGGUAUAACAGUUUUAUUGUCUCUCACUGUCUUCAUGUUACUUGUGGCUGAAAUUAUGCCAGCAACAUCUGAUUCUGUGCCCUUAAUUGCUCAAUAUUUUGCCAGCACUAUGAUUAUUGUUGGUCUUUCUGUUGUUGUCACUGUUAUUGUUCUACAAUACCAUCAUCAUGAUCCAGAUGGGGGGAAAAUGCCUAAAUGGACGAGAAUCAUCCUUCUCAACUGGUGUGCUUGGUUUCUGAGGAUGAAAAGACCAGGGGAAGAUAAGGUGCGUCCUGCCUGUCAACAUAAACAGCGGCGAUGUAGCCUAUCAAGUAUGGACAUGAACACUGUGAGUGGACAGCAAUCCAGUAAUGGGAAUAUGCUAUACAUUGGGUUUAGGGGUCUGGAAGGGGUCCACUGCACACCUACCACUGAUUCAGGGGUGAUCUGUGGAAGAAUGACCUGCUCACCAACAGAUGAAGAAAACCUGCUGCACAGUGGUCACCCCUCUGAAGGUGACCCAGAUUUGGCUAAGAUCCUGGAAGAGGUGAGGUACAUCGCAAACCGAUUCAGAGACCAGGAUGAAGAAGAAGCCAUUUGCAAUGAAUGGAAAUUUGCAGCUUCUGUAGUGGAUCGGCUCUGCUUGAUGGCCUUUUCAGUCUUCACAAUCAUUUGUACCAUUGGUAUUUUAAUGUCAGCUCCAAACUUUGUAGAAGCUGUGUCUAAAGAUUUUGCUUAACUUCUAACUACAAUUCUCUGAAGUAUGAUAUGUAGCAAAUAAGAGUGUGUUUUACGUUUGGUCACUUGUUUUUAAUGAGUAUAGUGCUUCUCAUUGUUUGCUUUCUUUUGUCCCACUCUCUGGUUCUGAGCUCUUUUUGGAAGAGCAGCACCAUUUCAGAAGGAAAGCCAAGAAUUUUGCCCUGAGCUGCUUGUGUGCAGCUCCUCUCAGCACUUCUUUGUGGGAGAUGUAAAGUGACUGCAAGUCCCUUCAGAAUGGCAGGGUAUUGCAUCACCGUCUCCUACACAUUCUUGAACUAUUACUAAAUAACAGGUAGGCAAUGCCAGGAAUGUCACUUCUUCCAGACUUUGUUAUAAACAUAGAGGGCAGCUUAUUUUAACUGUUUGAAUAAGUGAUCAUAAACAUGUUUGUAAGAGGAUUAAAUCCAAAUAGAUGGAAGCUCAACCAGCAGAAAAGGGAGAAACGGUGUGCUUUUCAGUUACUGCUUCUUACUGAGCUGUGGUUCAUUCAUAACCAGUCAGGCCUUUAACUCCUCCCAUGCAUUUACGUAGAGCAUGUGCAGCUUUGUUAUGAUUCUGAAUUUGCUGAGGUACUAGAAACCUGAGAGUUGAGAUGAUACAUUGCAUAACUUGUCCUUCUGUGUCUUUCUGGAUUUGACCUAGAAGUUUGGCCUGAAUUCCUAAACAGUCUUCACAGUAAUUUUUGCAGUGUUUACUAUUCUUCCUUCUUCCUAGAAAGACAUUCUUUCAACUGGUGACCUUUUAAACUAUCAAGAAGAAAGUGAAAGAUUUAUGAUGUCUUUCUCCUCACUUGUUAAAAAAAAC